AUGAAGCUGUUCAUCACCAUCGUCGCCACGGCUGCUCUCGUGUUGGCUGCUCCCACCAAGCAUAUGGAGCGCAACAUUGACUCUUCUGAAGUCGCGGCUUAUCAGACUGACACCUCUGUUGCUGGCUGGGCCGAAAACAAGAGGCGCAACAUCGACUCUUCCGAGGUUGCAGCUUAUCAAACGGAUACAUCUGUCGCUGGGUGGGCUGAGAACAAGAAGCGCAAUAUCGAUUCAUCGGAAGUCGCGGCUUAUCAGACUGACACGUCUGUUGCUGGAUGGGCUGAGAACAAGAGGCGCAAUAUUGAUUCCACUGAGGUAGCAGCCUAUGGCGGCGCUAAUGUUGCGGGUUGGGUUGAGGACAAGAAGCGUAGUAUCGAUUCUUCCGAGGUGGCCGCCUAUCAAACAGACGCCUCCGUUGCAGGAUGGGCUGAGAACUGA